AUGUCUCCACAGGAAUGUCAGAAGUCUAUACCCGAUCGGUCCAUGUCCACAUGGUCAGCUCACUACUUCGAGCAGCAGAAGGCGUUGAAAGGAAAGCAGAAACUAACGAGUAAAAUGCGACCGGCAGCUAUCGGUGCUGCUGUCGCCGUGUUCGGACGCAUUGUGCUCAUGCCAGCGAUGCUUCUGACGGUCUUUGGCGUAACCGGGUACCUCUCGGACGGCACGUUCCUCAUCGAGUACAAGGACAGCUACUUCGCCUACAGUCAAAUGGAUCUCGUCAUGUCUGGAGGAUGCACACCGUGUCAUACUUACUGCAAGCGAGUGCUGCAUCAAAUGGCGACUUUCGAUCACGAAGCGCUUAUGAGUAAACCUACAUUCGAGGAUCUGUACACCACUACAUCCUGGGACUACAGUAUACUCAGCUCCGAAGCGCUGGCUCUUGCUGAUCGUCUAGAAGCUAGUGGCGCUAUCUGUUCCGGUGGCGUCGAUGAAUGGGGGUCCCCGCUCUCAAUUAUCACUGGCACGGCAGCAGAAGUAGUCGAGAUCAUCGAGACGUUGAAUCUGUCCGUGACUCCACUGGAACUUGCCGAAGCUAGGAAAGGCAUUGAGACCAAGGACGAAUGUAUCACAAAAUGGGCCGUUGAAGGCCAUUUGAGACUCUUUAUGUUCCAGGCAGUUAAGAACAGCAUCGACUAUUCCUCCAUCCCAGCGGCAGACUUUAACGCUUAUCCGGAAUAUGCGGACUGUCGUCCUGCAGUAAAUAAUGAAGGAGUUAUUGGAGAGAAGUUGGCUUUGUCGACUGCAGGAGAAGAUUUGGUUGCUGUGGUUCCGGAUAUUCUCAAGCUGUUUCCCUUCAGUUUUAAGAGCAGUUUACCUGUAAUUCCGCGGACAUUGGCCACUACGAGUCCUACGAUUUAUAACGUAAAACACGUGAACCAGUCACUAUUUCGAGGGUACUAUGGAGGGUGUCGAGUACGCGCAGUCAACACGACGGGAGUUUACAUCGAAGAUACCUGUAACGUUGUCAAACAUUGGGCGAAUUAUGGACUUAUGCUCCAAGCCCCGGACGAUAUCCCAGCGUGUACAACCGGUAGUGACAGUAUCUGUAUCCACAACUACUAUAACUCACUCUGGGAAUGGGUUACGGGCACGGACGAGACACCAGGACGUGCAUUGAUGAAGAUUAGCGUGUUCCGUAAUCGAUACGCAGAUACGGUGGCACUUAGUGUAUUACCCGGCAUGGUCAUGGUACAGAUGAUGUUAAUGGGGAUCAUCAGUUUGUACCAAAUUAUGUCGCACAAACAGUCGGUACUUUUGACGCAGAUCUGGGCCUAUCGAUGCCAGAACGGACGCAUGCAAGUGCUUUACCUCGCGCAGAUCACGUACCAUUUAAUCUACAACUCGGAUUUGUACUAUGUGGGGCUGGUUACAGGCACGUUAACGAUCGAGUCUGUAGCCAAUCUCACGUUUAGUUUCUUCAUUUUCUCUUAUUCAUUCAUCAAUCUGGCCAAGGCUCGAUCAGGAGAACAGCAGCUGGAUCGGUACUUCCGAUUAACCUGGGAAACUAUGCAAAUCAUUAUCACGACUGCAGUGGCAGUGCUGCUGUACUCUAUCCGGUCCAAAUCGUUGAGUUGGAUCGUAGACUAUAACGGGCAAUUACUGCGGAAGACGACGACUUUGGGCAAGAAAUACUGCGGUCUCCACGACUCGUGCUUCCUCAUGAAUGUUAACUUGGCUGUUUUAGUUGCUGUUAUCUCGACAGCAUUGGGACUCGUGGCUUUGUCGGCUUCUUAUUUCGUCCAGAAGCGCUAUGGAUCGAACGCUCCAUCCUCACCGAAAUCAUCCAAGAAAGUGACGAUUGUUGCUAAAGGAGCCAAUCGAUACAUGGUUCAUAACAGCAAAUCGACCAACCUGGUGGAGGUUAAAAAGGAAGAAUCGAAAGAACUAAUCGAAUUUCCACCACUCACGACGUUCGAGGAACACUGUCUUGGAUCACCAUUUACGAGGUUAUUCAAAGACUGCGACGAUUUCGCUUGUAUUCAGUAUAUGGGCAAGCGAUGCACGAGUGUGGAGGCUAUAUUGCUGACAGGAUAUUUGUUCUACGGCCAACACGUGUACCAGGCUGGAUCAGUGGUGUUAUUGCUUCUAGCUCGACUCAUUCCUCGUAAAUUACUUCGCACUUUUAAUGUGCUUCUCAUCCGAUGGUAUAUGGAUCCAGAAAACGGGACGCUGACUCAUGCCUUAUCCUGCACGUGGUUCGCUGCUAGUGCAGAGAACUACAAGAUAUCUGAAGCAACCCCAAUAGCCUAG